UACAAUGUUGAAACCGGCUUUCCAAAAUAUCUAGUAGUCAAAACAAAGAUCAGGUUACAAACCCGUCAUACCCGCCGGUCAUGUCAAUCGCAAUUUCUCGUGUGUGGUGAGGCACUACUGUGAAAAAGUGAAACGGAAUGGAAUAAACUACUUGCCCCCGUCCUAGUACUAAACACUCACUAUUUUCAAUUUCAAAUUUGGCCAACAUUCAGAUCUAUCUUCGUUGAUUUUUCUCAAGGAUCGAACAUGCCUCCUACAGAGAAUGAUUUCGAUCUCAGACGUGCAUCUACUCCACCCAGCGGCAUGGGAAUCAGUGAAUAUAACUUUGCAGAUAUCAACAAUUUGGAGCACUGUGCUAAGUAUCUCAACCAAACACUCAUCACCUUCGGAUUCCCUGUUUCUCUCGAUCUCUUUGCCCAUGACCCAGUUUCCAUUGCGAGGACUUGCAAUUGUGUAUAUGCACUAUUACAGCAGAGGCAGAGGGAUAUUGAAUUCAGAGAGUCUGCAAAUGAGCAGAGACAGCGGCUGUUAUCGGACAUAUCAAGAUUAGAGGCCAAAGUGGAGAGGCUGGAAUCUCAACUACAAGCCAAAGAUAGAGAGAUAGCGACAAUUACUAGAGAGGAAGCUAAAGCUACUGCAGUUCUGAAGGUACAAAUUGACAAGUUGCAGAAGGAACGGGAUGAGUUUCAGAGGAUGGUUCUUGGCAAUCAGCAAGUCAGAACUCAGCAGAUAUAUGAAAUGAAGAAAAAGGAAAAGGAGUAUAUAAAGUUACAGGAGAGACUAAAUCAAGUGAUGAUGGAGAAAAAGAAGGAAUCCAGAUCAGGCAUGGAAAUAAUGAAUUUACUCCAGAAAGAAGGGCGUCAACGUGGGACAUGGAAUGGGAAGAAGGCUGACAAUGACUUCUACAAGAAGAUUGUGGAUGCCUACGAAGCUAAAAAUCAAGAACUAGUUGCAGAAAAUGCUGAUUUGAGGGCAUUAUUGCGAUCAAUGCAGGCCGACAUGCGUGAGUUCUUAAAUGCUCCAAAUGGGUCUUCGAGGCAAUCAACUUCAAGCAAUGAGAGGCUAGACAACGAUCACUUGCAGUCCCCAUUGGGUGGUAGAACGGAUGUCUUUGAUCUGCCCCUCCACAUGGCUAGGGAUCAAAUCGAAGAAAGUCUCCGUAACAAGAUGGCUUCUAUUAAGGAGCGAAUGGGUCAACUGCAAGAUGCACAAAAGGGUGCAGAAGUUACCUCAGAAGCAACAGAGAGAGAGCUUGAGCUAGAAGCUCAACUUGUCGAGGCCAGGAGCAUAAUUCAAGAGCAGGCAUCAAUUAUGUCCAAACAUCUUACGAAGUCUGAGAAGCCAAGGCGAAUGAGUGGUCAUAUGAAUUCUGAGAGGGACAUGCUCAUUUCAUCCCCUUCUGAGGCCAUUGCUCAGAACGCAAAAAGAAAAGGAAAGAAAGGACACUGCCAUGAGGACCUCUCCAACAGAGGUUAUGAUGAUGACAUCAUAAAGUCCUCAUGCAACUUUGUGGUAUAUUUGGAUUGGAGGUUUGGUUAUGAUUCAGGACUCUUCACAUCGCGGCUGCUAAAUUGCAAUUGAUGCCUAUAUAAUAAUAUAGGAAAAGGGCCAAAUUCACCACUCUACUUUCCAAAAUGGUUUACGUUUAACCUCUGUUAUACUUUGCGAGUAAAAAAUCCUUACUGUUAGCGCAUAGUUGUUAAAAAGGGUCCUAUUUCUAAUGGAAUUCCAGCUGGGACAAAAAAAAAGCUUAAGAAUUUAUAUUUUUGCUGACAUGGCUACUUAUUUGGCCAUAUCUCUUUUUUCAUUGAGACAUCGCUGUCUUCUUCCCCAAAUUAGGCUCCCUGUUGAUUUUAAUACAAAUAUGUUACCAUUUCAAAAAAAAAACUAUUAUUACUUGAACAACCAAAUGCGUAAAACCAAAAAGAUGAACUCCAGAAAACCAGAAAGAUUGAAUUCAACAAUAGCUUAACUCCAGAAUUGACUUCGAAUUAAAGAAAACAAGACAAAUUUAUCUUAACAUUAGCUACAAUCGACAAUCAAGUCGAAUAUACAGAAAGUAAGAACUCGGGAAAAAAUUAGAUAACAAAUUAGAUUUAAAUCAAAAGUAACCUUCUUUUUCGAAUUACAGUCCUUAGAAACAACUUGAAGUUCUUGGUCCCUUCUAUGUUGAGCAAUUUGCUGACUGUUGGAUUUAGUUGGAUACCAGAGUUUUCAACAAACAAAUAGAUCCAUUAAAAAAACUAAAAAACCUAUCAAAAGAACUCCAAACAUCCAAAUAUAAUCCAUAAUCUCGAGCUUCAUUAUUAUCAUAUUUACUUGUUAGAAAAUGCUGGUUGUUGCAUCUGUUACUGCUACAAUUUUCUAGAAUAAUUAGUUGUUUAGUUAUAGGAGAAAAAAGGGCAGGGGUGCACUAAAGCUACCGCUAUGAGCGGUGUCUGGGGAAGGGCCCCACCACAAGGGUGUAUCGUACACAGCCUUACCUUGCAUUUCUGCCAGAGGCUAUGAUUAAUAAAAUUGGUAUGAGAAGAUGUUUUCAUUCAUAUUUUCUAUUUUAUUGUUUGUCCUUCUCUUCAAAAAACAUAAUAGUGGUAUUAGCGCCUUCAUGAUCUUAAUGUGCCUGUGCAGUAACUUAUUUUUAAUGCUUUGGGCUAUUUUAAACCAAUAUCAAUUUUAAACCAUUUUUAAUCCAUACUAGUUUUAAGAGAGAUAGUUUCAAGUAUCUGGGGUCGAUGAUUCAGAAGAAUGGAGAGAUUGACGAUGAAGUCACUCAUCGGAUUGGGGUAGGGUGGAUGAAAUGGAGGCUCGCCUUCGGUAUCUUGUGUGACAAAAAGGUACCUCCCAAACUUAAAGGCAAGUUCUACAUAGUGUUGGUUAGAGCGGCUUUGCUGUAUGAAGCGGAGUGUUGGCCGGUUAAGAAAACCCCAUUAUGAAAGUGGCGGAGAUGAGAAUACUUCGGUGGAUGUGUGGGUGUACUAGAAAAGGUAUGAUUAGAAAUGAGGUUAUUCGAGAUAAGGUGGGAGUCGCUUCGGUGGAAGCCAAGAUGAGGGAAGCAAGGUUGAGAUGGUUCGGUCAUGUGAUGCGGAGGAGCAUGGAUGCCCCAGUGCGGAGAUUUGAGAGUUUGGCUAGGAAUGGUUUCAAGCGAGGUAGAGGUAGACCGAAGAAAUAUUGGAGGAAAGUGAUUAGACAUGACAUGGAGCAGCUUCAGCUUACCGAGGACAUGACCCUAGAUAGGAAGUUGUGGAGGAGGCGAAUUAGAGUAGGUUAGUCUGAGUUAGGAUGUUAUAUGUUUUGGUGUAUACUUCAAGUAUCUUGCUUUGGGUAUUAUUGAGUUUGUUAAUUUCUAGUAUUUCUUGUUUUAUUACUAUUCCUUAUCUUAUCUUAGAUUGCUUUAUUUUGAGCUGGGGGUCUAUCGGAAACAACCUCUCUAUCUCACGUUGAGGUAGUGGUAUAGACUGCGUACUUACCCUCCCAGACCCCCCUUGGUGGGAAUAUACGGGGUAUGUUGUUGUUGUUGUUGAAUAGUUUUGACCUAUUUUUCAUCAACCAUGGCAAGCAAUGACCUUUCUUUGAUUGCUCUACAAAUCUUCACUUGUGAAAAUUAUAAAAUUUGGACACUGAAGUCUGAAGAUGAAGUCUUAUCUUGAAGCUUAUGAGUUGUGGGAAAUUGUAAUUGAAGAAUCACCUUUACAACCACUUCUUGAAUAUCCUACUUCUGCCCAAGUCUUGGCUUUUUCAGAAGAGUAAACAGAAGAAGCAAAGCCAAAAUUAUAAUCCAAAAUCCAGUUCUUCUCUAAAAUCUUUGCAUGUGAGACAAUGAAAGAAGUUUGGGAUAAACUUGAAAAGGAGUAUUAAGGAAGUGAACGAGGAAGACAAAAUUAGAUCUUGAAUCUGAAAAUAGAUUUUGAAUCUCUUAGAAUACAAAAGGAUGAGACUAUCGCUAAGUAGGCGUUUGGUCAUGAAUAUUAUUCACAAUAAUCCGGAAUGUCUUCACUUAUUUGCCUUUUCUUUAGCUUUAGGAUUCUGCCACUACUAAUUGAUUCCAUUUUGUUGCCAUAUAUAUUCUGUUGUGAAUCUCAUUACUUUCGUCUUAUAUAUUUUUCAAAUUCUUAUGUUCUACAUUUUUGGACUAAAAGAGAUAUCUAUUCUCUUUCCAAGCUGGACUUGAACGUUCUCUUUCUAACAUACAGUAUUAACGUUCACCUUAACGUUUUCAUUUCGACUGACCGGCGGACUCUGACGCCGGCGACGGUGCAGACGAGCCGGAAACAGAUAAGAUCUACCCUCUCUCCCCUUCUCUCCCCCCUCAAAUCUCUUUCCCCAGUUUCUCAUUAUUGUCUUCCCCACCCAUCCCCUUUCUUGUCCCCUCACUACUAUUGCUGGCGGGUUUAGCGGCCAAACAAGUAGGUCAAACUGGUUGGUUCGAUGUCUGACGUCGUCCAGAUCCGGGCAAGGCUCUGAAGACGCUCCGGCGAAACUCAAGCAACGAUCCAGCGGCCUUUUUCCCGCCGACCGUAUUCCGGCAAGCAAUUUUCGACAUCAAAAUUAAUGGAACCAGCAGCACGCAGGCGUACCGGUGACAUCUAAACUUUGACUAUUUCGUCACUUCAUACGGUUUGAUUUCUUUAUAUUAUUUGUCUCUUGUCUACCUCUUUUGCAUCCUUUACCUGUUGCUUGUGAUCAUAGUUGUGGCUGGCUACGUUGCUUAUUGGUGGAUAUUGUUUGUGUUGUCUUUAGGUGCUAGAACUUGGUGAUUCCUAUCUUGGCUACCUUUUUUUUUUUUUUAAGAUUAUUCCAUCGCUUGACUUAUUUAUAAUUUGUGGGAUUGACUUUUUCCUUGAUUAUUCAAUCCACUUUGCUUGUGCCUUCUAUUUCCUGCCGUUGCUUUAUUACUAUCGUUGUUUGUACUUUUGUGGAGUUGUGGCUGUGGGCAUUGAUGGUAGGUUAGGGUCAUGUCCGAGGGAGUUGGGGCGGGGGCUGUUUUGGGGGUGGGGGAGGAGGGAAUAAUGGGUGUGGGAGUGGGAGCAAGAUCUGGAGUUAGGGGUGGUAGAAGAAGACGUGUUGCUAGAGUUGAUAGGCUGAGGGUUGGGUCUUGGAAUGCAGGGACUCUUUGGGGUAAGUCUAUAGAGCUUGUGAAGAUUCUUAGAGAGGAGAAUCAAUAUUGCGCGGUACGGGAGACUAAGUGGGUAGGGUCUAAGGCUAGGGAUGUAGAUGAUUACAAGCUUUGGUACUCUGGUAGUGAGAGGCGUAGGAAUGAAGUUGGCAUCUUAGUGGAUGAAGAGCUUAAAGGGCAGGUAGUGGAGGUUAAGAGGAUCAGCGAUAGGUUGAUGACUGUUAAGUUGGUCAUUGGGGGGUUUACCCUGAACGUGUGUAGUGUUUAUGCGCCGCAGGUGGGCUUGGAUGGGGAGGAGAAGUUGCGGUUUUGGGAGGCUUUGGAUGAGGUGGUGAGAGGAGUGCCUAGUUCUGAGAAGAUUGUUGUAGCAGGGGACUUCAAUGGGCACAUGGGGCAUUAACAGGAGGCUUUGGCGAUGUGCAUGGUGGUUUUGGUUUUGGGGAGAGGAAUGAAGAUGGAGCUGCUCUGUUGGAUUUUGCGAGGUCCUUUGGGUUAUUGGUGAAUUCGAGCUUCCCAAAGAAGGACGAUCACUUGAUCACCUUUCUAAGCGCGAUAGCCAAGACCCAAAUGGACUUUUUACUGCUUAGGAAAAGGGAUAGGGUAUUGUGUAAGGAUUGUAAAGUCAUCCGAGUGAGAAUCUUUCGACCCAGCAGAGGCUCUUGGUGUGGAGAUUGGUGGAACAGUAUAGGGAAAGGAAGAAGGAUCUGCACAUGGUGUUUAUCGACUUGGAGAAGGCGUAUGACAAAGUUCCUAGGGAGUUUCUUUGGAGAUGCUUGGAGGCGAGUGGGGUCCUAGUGGCGUAUAGCAGAGCAAUCAAGGACAUGUAUGAUGGAGCUAAGACCCAGGUGAGGACGGCGGGAGGAGAUUCAGAGCAUUUUCCUGUCUUGACAGGGUUGCACCAGGGAUCUACUCUUAGCCCGUUUUUGUUUUCUUUGGUAAUGGAUGUGUUGACGCGGCGUAUUCAAGGAGAGGUGCCUUGGUGUAUGCUUUUUAUAGAUGAUGUAGUUUUGAUCGAUGAGACGCGGGGAGGUGUGAAUGAUAAAUUAGAGGUGUGGAGAUAGGCCCUUGAGUCUAAAGGGUUCAGGUUGGGUAUAAGUAAGACAGAAUAUUUGGAAUGCAAUUUUAAUGACUUGAAGCAGGAAAACGAGGUGGUUGUAAGGUUGGACUCCCGAGUGGUGUGUAAGAGGGAUAGUUUCAAGUAUCUUGGGUCCAUGAUUCAGAGGAAUUGUGAGAUUGACGAGGAUGUCUCCCACCGUAUUGGGGCGGGAUGGAUGAAGUUGAAGCUCGCUUCGGGAGUGUUGUGUGAUAAGAAGGUGCCGCCCAAACUUAAAGGCAAAUUCUACAGGGUGGCAGUCUAUCCGGCCAUAUUGUAUGGAACGGAGUGUUGACCAGUUCAGAACUCACACAUUCAAAAAUUGAGGGUGGUGGAAAUGCGGAUGUUGCGUUGGAUGUGUGGGCUUACUAGGGGUGAUAGAGUUCGUAAUAAGACUAUUCGGGAAAAGGUUGGAGUGGCUUCGGAGGAGGACAAGAUGCGGGAAGCUCGAUUGAGAUGGUUCAGUCACGUGAUGAGGAGGGGCACGGAUGCCCCGGUUCGUAGGUAUGAGAGGCUAGGCUUUGGAUGGUUUCAGGCGGGGUAGGGGUAGGUCGAAGAAAUACUGGAGAGAGGUGAUCAGGCGAGACAUGGAGCAGUUACAGCUCACUGAGGAUAUGACUCUAAAUAGGAAGAUCUGGAGGAUGCGAAUUAGGAUAGAAGGCUAGUGCCAGUUUGGGUUGUUGGGGUAGGGCACUACUUGGUAGGUGUAUUAUUCUUGUUAUGCCACCUUGUUACAUGCUUUAUUACGAAUUUGUUUACUACUACUUAUAUUUUUCCUUGUGGGUAGCGUUUAUUCCAUGCUUUAUUACGGAUUUGCUUAUUAUUCCUUGUCUUGAGCCGGGGGUCUAUCGAAAACAGUCUUUCUACUUCUCCGGAGGUAGUGGUAUGGACUGCGUACAUCUUAUCCUCCCCAGACCCCACUAUAUGGGAAUACACUGGGUUUGUUGUUGUUGUUGUUGUUGUAGUUGUUUGGCCAUAAGCUAUAAAUAUCUCGAAAUACGUUUUCACAAUAUUUGAAUUUUUGUGUUUCACUAUUUUUGAAUUCACUUUUUUCAUUUCUUAGUUUAUUUUGCUUGGAUUCACUUUUUGCACUUUUUAAUUAAUUUUUUUUUUUUAAAAUUAUAUUUUUUUAGUUUUCAUAAAAUAACUCAAUUUUCAUAAACUCUAAUUUUUUUUUUCUUAUUUUGACAUUUUAUAUUUUUUUACUCCAAAAAUACCCUAUUUCUAGAACACUAUGGCCAAACACAACUCCAACUUUAUUUUCAAUUUUUAAAAAUACCAAAUAAAGUCAAAAGAAAAUUAGAUUGUCCAAAAAAAAAAGUGUGUGUUUUUAGUUUUCAUGGCCAGACGAGUAAGUAUUUUGCUUGGAUCUCUUUGAUUGUCGAUAGAAUUAGGUUGCUUGGCGAGAAUUUUAAGGAUAAUAGAAUGGUUGAAAGAAUUCUUGUGACUAUUCUUGAGAGACUUGAGUCCAAAUUUUCGUUUUGGAAGAUUCUAAAGAUCUCGCUACCAUCAGUGUUGCAGAAUUGAUAAGUGCUCUUUAAGCAUACGAGCAAAGAAGAACUUUCGGACAAGACAAGAUAAAGUUGUUGAAGAUAUUUUUAUAUAAACCACAAAAAAAAAAAAGAAAAGUUAGAUUAUCCUCCUUGAAAAUACUGCAAAAAGAAAACA